GUGCCCAUAGUUACCACAAAAACAAAUAUAAUUAAAAGUUUUUAUUCGUUAACAACAUCCGUAACAAAAACGAACAUAAUCGAGCUAUAAAGCAGCAACAACAGCAAUAAUUGCAACUGCAAUAAUCACAAUAUCAGCAACUUAAGUCCUGAAAAUCAUUCAAAACCGCAGAAAAAAUGUUCGGAAUAAAAAAAAGGCAACCAAACGCAACUGCAACGAUACUUAUCAGUGUGGCAUUUGCCUUAUUGCAACUGUCAAACGCAAUUGUUGCGCAAACAUUAAAACCGCCGUUUAUGCCAACAACAAUAACGGAAACAAUAACCAGCACAACAACAGAAAACAAUACAAAAACAGUCAUUACCAGAAUGCAAAUAUGGUCUCAGUCACACGGCAUGGAGUUGGGCGACAUGGAAGGCAAUUCGAAUUUCAAUGAGAACAUACAGCCACCACCGAACUUAAAUACGAGCGAAGGCAAUGCAAAUCAAAGUCAAACGGAAACGGAUAUGACCUUUCAUCAACACUGUCUGGCAUAUCGUAAUUCAUUUGCAGAUAUAUUCACAUUAAUUCUAUAUUCUGUUGUAUGCAUUGUGGGUCUGUUCGGUAAUACACUGGUUAUUUAUGUGGUGCUACGCUUUUCCAAAAUGCAAACCGUAACCAACUUUUACAUACUCAAUUUGGCUAUUGCCGAUGAAUGCUUUCUCAUUGGGAUACCAUUUUUGAUUUAUACUAUGCGUAUUUGCAGUUGGAAAUUUGGUGAAUACAUAUGCAAGGCUUAUUUGGUAAGCACGUCUAUAACGCAAUUUACAUCUUCCAUAUUUUUGCUGAUUAUGUCAGCAGAUCGUUAUUUAGCUGUUUGCCAUCCGAUCACAUCACCACGUUAUCGUACAUUGCAUAUAGCUAAGAAAGUAUCUGCCAUAGCUUGGCUUACAUCAGCAGUACUCAUGUUACCAGUGAUACUUUAUGCCAGUGCAGUAACACAGGAAGAUGGCGUGAAUUUCUCCUGCAAUAUUGAUUGGCCAGAGACAUACAAAAAACAUUCGGGUACUACCUUUAUAUUGUAUACCUUCUUUUUAGGAUUCAUGACACCACUCUGCUUCAUAUUGAUAUUUUAUUACUUGGUCAUACGCAAAUUGCAUUCGGUAGGUCAGAAGCAUAAAUCAAAGGAAAAGAAACGUUCACAUCGCAAGGUGACACGUUUAGUACUCACCGUAAUAACUGUGUAUAUUUUAUGUUGGCUACCACACUGGAUAUCACAGGUAGCCUUAAUUAAUUCCAAUCCUGGCCAACGCGACCUAUCACGUUUGGAAAUUUUAAUAUUCUUGCUUUUGGGAUGUUUGGCUUAUUCGAAUUCUGCGAUGAAUCCAAUACUUUAUGCAUUUUUGAGUGAUAAUUUUCGCAAGAGCUUUUCAAAGGCCUUCACUUGUAUGGCUCAACAGGAUAUCAAUGCGCAACUACAGGUAGAACCGAGUGUAUUCACAAAACAAAACAGUCGCAGACGUGGUUCGAGGCGUAUAAUGAAUUCCAAACCAAAAGUGACGAAAUGUAAUAACACAUUGACAGUAGGUAACAAUAACUCAUCCACCACGACUUCAUCGACUACAACAGCUGAAAAGGGUCAUCAGGUUAGCUCGCGUCAACAAAAUGGUAGAGUGUCAAUUGCUUUAGGUGAAGAUGUGAUAUUACGUUUAGAAGAGAAACGUACAAUUUGUACAAUGGCUUCAGAUGAAGAUAAUAAAAGCGAUAAUAUGUUGAAAACUCAGUUAUAAAAACCUUUGAGCUUUUAAAAAUUAGUCCUAGGAAAAAAAUAUUUUUUAAUAAAAUAAUUAAUUUUAAGUGUGUUCUAAACA